AUGCCGAUCUGCGCAUUCCUUCCCGAAGAGAUGGUUGUUGAUAUACUGUCUCGACUCCCCGCGAAGUGUCUUUGCCGAUUCAAGUGUGUAUCGAAGUCAUGGUUUGCUCUCAUCUCAAGCCCUAAUUUUGCCAAAACACAUCUCAAUCGAAACGACAAACCCAAGAGAGUUUUUCUAGUUUCUGACUAUUUUUAUUCCAUCGACUGCACUGAAGCAUCCAAUAACGAUGACGUAAUUGCAAUGAAGCUUGAUUAUCCUCUGAUCAAAGACAAAGACCCAAACUUGGUCACCGAUAUCGUGGCUUCUUGCAACGGUUUGCUUCUAGUUGUUCUGAAUAAUCUGAAUAAACGCGACGACUACCCCAUGUAUUUGUGUAAUCCGUCAACUAGAGAGUUCAAGAAAUUACCAGAUUACAAUUUUCGGUUCUGCAUGUAUGGACUUGGGUACGAUUCGUCUAUGGAUAAUUACAAGGAUACAUUUGUUGUUGUCCAUUCACUCAAAACUAGUUCUUGGCGGAGGAGAUGGAUCCAAGACUUCCCUUAUGAUAAUUCUUUUCUCCUGCCUUGCUCUGGUGUUUUUGUAAAUGGGUCUAUACAUUGGUUGACGAAUAGGGCUUUGGAUCAUUCACCUGUGAUUGUUGCUUUUGAUGUAGCAGACGAGAAAUUCCGAGAUGUUUUGCUGCCUAACUCACAUGGAAUUUUGCUGCCUGCUAAAGCACAUGCACCAAGUGGUUUGGGGGUUCUUGGAGGGUGUCUCUUCUGUUAUAAGGAACAUGAUUAUGCUGUCCAAUUUGAUAUUUGGGUGAUGGAAGAGUAUGGGGUUACCGAGUCAUGGACCAAAUUUACAAUCUAUAUACCUGAUAAUAUGUACAAUUUGGAACCCUUAUGUGUGCCGCUGGAUAACGAACUUUUGUUGAAAUUGUAUGAUGAGGAAAUGGAUGAAGAUGAGAAAAUAGAGGAAGAUAUAUUAGUUAUGUACAAUGUUAAAGAAAAAAGAUUGAGGUAUAUAAUGGUGGAUGGCAUUCCAUUGAACGGGUACCAGAAGUUAGCCGUGACCUAUGUGGAGAGCAUUGUCUCACCCUAUUUCUAUUGUGGGAUUGAUAGAAAAGAGUUAUCAACUAUGACUGAUACUAUUUCCACUUUGGGGGCCCUCUGUUCUCUGAUACUAGAUUGGCCCUCUGUUUUUUUGUUUUUUUCGUUUUUUUUUUUCAUAUCGUUGGACAUUGGAUACAGAUUCAUAGAUAUCAUUGUUAAGUAA